AUGGACCGGAGGGAGAUCCUGCGGCAGAACCUGGAGAGGGCCCGGGGCAAGAAGCUGAACCGAGAGGCGUUCGCCGAGGAGUUUUUGAAGCUGAAAAGGCAGUCAACAAAGUACCGAGCGGAUAAAAUCUACCCCACAGCAGCAUCUGAGCAACCAGAGAAUAUCAAGAAGAACAGAUACAAGGACAUCUUGCCCUUCGACCACAGCAGAGUGGAGUUGUCCCUGAUCACAUCAGACGCAGAUUCCCAUUACAUCAAUGCCAACUUCAUCAAGGGCGUCUACGGGCCAAGAGCAUACAUUGCAACCCAGGGUCCUCUUCCCACUACUGUCGUUGACUUUUGGAGGAUGGUUUGGGAGUACAAAGUCCUGAUUGUGGUCAUGGCUUGUAUGGAGUUUGAAAUGGGAAAGAAGAAGUGUGAGCGGUACUGGGCGGAGGCGGGCGGCCCCCCCCUGCAGUGUGGCCCUUUCUGCGUUGCCUGUGAAACAGAGGAGCAGAGGAACGAGUACGUGAUCAGGACGUUGAAGGUGACCCUGAAUGAAAUAACCCACACCGUCCACCAGUUCCACUACAAAAACUGGCCAGACCACGACGUCCCCUCCUCCAUUGACCCCAUCCUGGAGCUCAUCAGAGAGAUUCGCUGCUACCAGCCCGACGACAGCAUCCCCAUCUGCGUCCACUGCAGCGCGGGCUGCGGGAGGACAGGAGUCAUCUGCGCCAUCGACUACACCCAGACACUGCUGAGGGACGGGAUUGUUCCAGUGAAUUUCAGUAUUUUCAGUCUGAUCCAGGAAAUGCGCACACAAAGGCCUUCCAUAGUGCAGACCAAGGAGCAGUAUGAGCUGGUUUAUGAUGCUGUGAUCGAGCUCUUCCAAAGGCAGAUCAAAGCACUUGAUGCCCAGGACGAUUCUGCUGCUUCACAGGUACAAACAAGGCAUCCCAUAGCCAAGCCUCUUCUGACUCCGGUGGAAGAUAUUUAUUCUCUGAGUUUACUAACCUGUUCCUGCUCUUUCACUGCUGUGUCUCUGACCCUGCACAUCUGCCCCCUCUGCCCUCAGCUCCGUUUCCCGUUGUGUUCACACGGUGUCUCACUGCAGGACAGCUCGGGAUGCGAGGUCCCCCCCGUCAGACAGGCCAUCUCCUUCGGCACCCUGAACUUCAUCAGCUGGAGGGGGGCAGCGGAGCAGUGUUGCGCUGGGGACGCUCUCCAGAAGCGCCGCAGUUUGGAGCUCAGCACCGUCGCCCCCGAGCAGCUGCUGCUGAGUGCGAGGAGGCCCCGCGGCAGAGCCCCCCUGACACGGACCACGUCCACCCCUUUUGUGCUGGCGCAGUGGGGAGGAGGCUGGCAGUGCCACGAAGGGGAUGCAGAGCCCGCGUUGAGUUCACAGUUGCCAAUCGCUCGUCACUCCCAGCAGCAGGAUGGAUUUUCCCCAGUUGAGCUGAGCCACUCCAGCCGAGGCGCAGACGGCCCCUCACACACCAGGAGCCACGAGCAGUGUCCUUACCCUUACGUGUGCUCGGCAGAAGACCCCUACUUCUCCUCGCUCUCUCCAGAUGACCCCGUGUCCCCGGGGUUUGCCAGUUGCUUUGCAGAGGGGCAGGAUGCUCUACCCCACUUGAGCGCUGUGGGUGUCCCACUGCCGCCCACCGUGACCAGCUCCCCCCCGCCCGGGCCAGCACCCCACUGCAAUGAGAGGACAACGUCCCCAGCUCUCACUGCACAGCUCUGUCGUUCGGCUGUGUUGUGCCGUGCUGGUAACCUGCCCGUGUCUCCCCAAUUAGCUACCCUGCCACAGCCUGACGACGACGACCCCCCGCCCCUGCCCGAGCGGACCCCCGAGUCCUUCAUCGUGGCCGGUGAAUCGGGUGAUCCUCCUUAUUCUCAGCUCCCAGCCAGAAAAACAAAUAUUGGGACCUCCUCGGAGUGGAGUGGCGAGUCACACUCAGAGGUGUUUGAUGACUUGGCGAGACUGAGACCAACUAAGAGUGUGAAGCUUCGGAGCCCACAAAGAGAGACGACCCGGGAUCGCUCGAACUCUCCUCCCCCGCUUCCUGACAGAACCCCCGAGUCAUUUGUCCUUGCUGAGGCAGCGAGUCUGCAGCCUGCUGCAGGAAACUCCACGAGGACUCCUCUGGGCCUGGAGAAUGCUUCUGAAACGUCGUCCAAAGAGCCUACAAAAUGCUUCAGGAGAAGCAAGAGCUUGAAAAUACUGAAAAAUGUGAGAAAGAGCAUCUGUAGCCCAUCUUCACUGACAAAACCGUCAGAACCUGCCCCGUCAAACCACCCGAGGUCUCUCCUUAACUUUGGCUUUGCAAAUCGAUUUUCAAAACCUAAAGGAGCAAGAAAUCCACCGCCAGCAUGGAAUAUUUAG